AUGCUUGCAGAACUGAAAAAACUCCUGAAUUUUGUGGGUCCUGGCCUUAUGGUGGCCUGUGCCUAUAUUGACCCCGGUAACUAUUCAACUUCCACAGCUGCAGGCGCACAAUUCCAUUACAGUCAUCUUUUCAUCAUACUGCUUUCUAACUUGUAUGCAGUGGUUCUUCAAUGUCUAUGCAUUAAACUAGGUUCUGUUACAGGUCUCGACCUUGCUGAGAGUUGCAGAAUGUACCUACCGCACUGGUUGAAUGUGACAAUAUACAUCCUUGCAGAAUUAGCCAUUAUAUUUACAGAUUUGGCAGAAGUCGUGGGAACAGCCAUUGCAUUGGACAUUUUAUUCUCGAUUCCUUUGAAGUUAGGUGUUCUACUUACUAUUCUGGAUGUGGUAGUCAUUAUGUUUGCUUACAAUCCCGAUGGGUCGAUGCGUCAGAUCAGGAAAUUUGAACUCUUUGUUUCAUUCUUUGUUUUUCUAACCUUUGUCUGCUUUGUCAUGCUUUUAGCUAGGGUGGAUACUGGCGGCAAAGAGGAGGUUCUCCAAGGCUUCUUACCUUCCAGGGUUCUUUUCGAAAAUAAAAAGGCUACCUAUCUUUCCUUGGGUAUCGUUGGGGCCACAGUAAUGCCACAUUCUUUGUAUUUGGGCUCAAAUUUGGUCAAACCAAGGUUGAAAUAUUACGAUACCACUCAUGGUUAUUACACUGCUCAUGAUCCAUCCCCAGAUGAAGAUCCCAAAGAUUAUGCAUGGAAUCACGCUUACAAACCAUCUUUACAGGCCAUUCACUAUUGUUUGAACUACUCUUAUGCCGAAUUGAUUAUUUCUCUUUGCGUUGUGGCCGUGUUCAUAAAUUCUGCAAUUCUAAUAGUCUCCGGUGCUGCGUUAUUUGGGAAACCUGGUGCAGAGGACGCAGAUUUGCUCUCCAUUUAUGAGAUGCUUAGGGACUAUGUGUCACAUAAAGCUGGCCUUAUCUUUGCUGUUGCUAUGCUUUUUUCCUCUAUUGCUGCUGGCGUUAUUUGCACCAUGUCUGGUAUGAUGGUGGCAGAAGGAGGAAUGCACUGGGAAAUGAAUCCCUUGGUGAGAAGACUUAUCACUAGAACUAUCGCCAUCAUUCCAUGUAUAUUCAUGGUUUUGUUCAUGGGUAGAUCUGGUAUUGCCAUGAUUCUCAAUCUAUCUCAGGUGAUUCUUUCUCUUAUUUUGCCUUUCUGUUCCGCUCCCUUACUAUAUUUCACGGCCAAUCCUAAGAUUAUGCGUGUUAGAGUUCAGGAUGUUUCAAUUCAAGAUGGAGAUGCAGAGCCUAAUGUCGAAAACCCUACUAAUACCCCAAACUCUCCUAAUGCGCCACAACCCCUUCCACAGAUAGAGGAAGAAGAUACCCCAUUACUCACACGCACUAAAAGUAAGGACCAUCGAGGCCCCAUCAAGUAUCAUGACUUUACAAACUCGCCAAUUAUGAAUUUUUUGGGUAUCACCACUUGGCUCACCAUCAGUUUUAUGAACAUCUACUUGAUAGUACAAUAUUUGCACGGAGAAGAUGUGCAUUUCUAA